ACUUCCUUGAUAUAUUUUUACUAUUAACGCAUUCUGCUAAUUAGAACUAGCCAUGUUAGUUCAGAGAUAAGUUAGUACUCACUGCAGAGAUCAUGAAAAAAUAGAAGUCGACGAAAAAGUGAAAGGAAACAGGCAACUUUUCCGUUAACAAAGGAUUAUUUUCUGCAUUUGUGUGUGAUUCAUUCAUUAAUAUAAAACUUUUAUUUCAAAGGUAAAUAUUGCUUUAAGAAUCAUAUCGCGUUCAAAAAAGAGAAUAUCAAGUAGAUAUUUAAUAUUAUUUUUCAGAUAACUUAAUUAAAUUUUAUGAAGCAGUAACAGAAUUACUGAGUACAUAUAACAGCACAGUAUCUCGGUGUUUGGUGUUUGAAGUGACUUUGGAAAAAUAAUAGAGGGCACUUUUAAGAAGUUGUCUUUUCCUAAGCGCAUAGUCAGUGCCCUCAGUUAUGGAUAAAACUGAGGCAGGAGUACUUACCUUUUUUGGUCUCAUUUUAUUCAUUGCAUUGUUUGAAAAUACUCAGUGUUUGCAUCACCUUCCUUGCAAGAAAAAUCAUACCGAUCCGAAAAAAAUAUCUGUCGUUUUGCUUCUUCCAAAAGACAACUUUUAUCUAGCCUCUUACAACAAAGUAGCACCAGUUAUCAACUUCACUAUGAAACGUAUUCAGGAAAGAGGGUUACUUCGAGGAAUGGAUUUCGAACUUGAGUAUAGGGAUACUGGAUGUGAUUUGGGUUACGGCGUUUGGGAAUCCAUCAAAUCAUUUGUAGAGUUGCCUCUUAAUGUAUAUUUAGGACCUCUUUGUGAUUACAUUGUAGCACCAGUUGCACGUCUGUUGAAGUUCAUGCACGUUCCUAUGAUAACAGCAGGAGCACUGGCAUAUGAUUUUAAUGCUAAAGACAGAAGAGCCAAUGAUUCUGAAUACCAUAUGCUUGUGCGAACAGGAUGGACAUUUGAUGGGAUGGCAAAAACAUUAAAAGGAAUCUUCCAGAAGUUUAACUGGCUAAAACUUUUGCUCUUGUAUGAAAUGAAUGGACGGCCUGAAGUAAUGAAAGAUCACUAUUGCGCUUUGGCUAUGCAAGCGUUAAACGAAGUUAUUUCUGUAUGGAAAAACUUUACGUUACAUAUGCACAAACUCACACCAGAUCUAAUCACGGAAGAUGCAAUUAAAGUUGCUAAGGAUGUAAUAGGAGCAGAAUAUGGAGGUAAGCAUAUUUUAAAAUUAAUUUUUAGCCGUAUUUUACUUCUCAUGAUAUAUGAUUAA